AUGCCUGACGCACCGUUGGCAACAUCACUACCAACUACGUUUACAUUUCAACCAAAUAAUAAUCAACUGGAUGAACAAUCGACGUUACAACAGCAGUCAAUCGCAUCGUCGUCUCAAUCUCAAUCAAAUUCGCAACAGCAACGCUCAUCGUCGAAUGAUGAAGUACAAAAUAAUCAUCAGACACAUCCAAACGAUUAUGAAACCCGACUACGGUGUCCGAAUUGUGACACGUGGGUAGUUAAUCUAAGUGAUCAUCUGCGUAAAACUCAUCGGAUCGCAUCACCUGUUGAUCGCAAACCAUUGUUGCGUAUGGCACGUUUAGAAAAACGUCGAAUGACCGAGUCAGCCAAUAAUCCAACGGGUACAACACCAAACCGUCAAGCAUCAUCAAACGUUCUUGUCAAUGGUCUAACGACAUCACAUACGAAUACAAAUAAUGAAAUUGAAAAUCUUCUUUUCAAACAAGAGCACGAUUCAAAUCAGCAAUUUGCCGUUACACUACCAGAAAAUAUCCUCCUUAACCAUCAAAUAACAAAUCCUAUUGCACAUUUCUCUUCGCCAACAUCAAACAAACGGGCACGUCCCGGAGAAGAUCAUACUGGACAAAUCAUGAACGGACCUCUAUCACCUAAUAAAAAAUCUCGUAUGGACCUAAUGGAUGGAGCGAAACCAUCGCAAGGAGCACAUGCUUCAUCAGGCAAAUCGAAUAAGAAAAAUCGAAACAAACAGCAGCAGCAGCAACAACAACAACAACAACAGCUUCAGUUACAGCCGCAAACAAUUAUUAAAACUGCAGCAUCAGGGAUAUUUCCUCAACAGAAUGUUCCUGUACAACAUGUAGAAGAAAGCUCCGAUGAUCUUUCAAAAGUAUUACAAAUGAUGGGCAAUGAGAUGAAUUUUCUUAAUCAACACUUACAAACGACUUCAAUACUUUUACAAAAACAACUCGACUUAGCUCGUGAUAGUUUACACGCAUGUUCCGUACAAUUUGCUCAUUUAAAACGAAUGAUUCAACAGCAAAUUUGA